AUGUUUAAGAAAAUCAUGCCCAGUGACAUCAUCCUGGAGAUGAUAGAGCGCGUCCUGUUCCUCAAGGACGAUCUGGAUUGGGCCGACAAGAAGAGGGAUUUCCCCGCCCCGUUUUACCUGACAAUCAAACAAGACUGGCGGGUAGAGGAGGCCUUCGAGCGCAUCGUCGAUCGCGUCCAGACCAUGACCCGUUUCCUGGAAGCCAAUGGAAUUCCUCGCCGGUUCAGGGACCGUUGCCUGAUGCAUCUCAUCUUCCUCAGCAUCCAGAAACGCAUUCGCUGA